UUUAAGUCAAAUGUUCAGAAAUAAUGGAAAGGCUGCUUGAAAAAAACAGAUGAAAUAAAAACUAGCGGAAAUGUGUAUUAUACAAAAACCAGACCUGUGAGCCUGAGGCGAGACGCACGGAUGACCUGGGGAGCUGAUUAAUGAGGCAAACCAAAGGAAGCCCAGGCACCUCUGAGAGGGAGACACCCUCUCAGCCAAGUACUCAACAUGAGAAGGCUUCUGCUGUGCAGCUGCCGGAGAAGCAGGGGAUAGAUCAAAGCAGGAGAGGACCAACAUCUGUGGCAACCAAAGCAAGCGCAAGUUACCCUGAGUCAGAAAUCUUCAUCGUGUAUUUGUGCAGUUACUUUUGGAACUCAAGUAAAGGACUUUACAUGUCAGGUUCCACCUGAAUUCCUUCCAUGCUUUUCAGCGACUGAACCGUUUGGGUGGCCUGGAAGAUCUUGUGAGCUCCCUAGAGAGAGGAGAGACAGUGUGGAUGGAGAAGAAUCUGGAGGAGAGAGAAGUCUGGGGACCCUGCCUUUCAAGUCUUUUGUGUGAGGGCUGCGUUGGUGGCCUCACUAGCCAGGGAAGGGCUAUGGUAUGCAGGGUCAGGCGGGAAUAAGCAGGAAAUGUUUGUGAUAAGAGGCUUUGCCUCAUUCAAACUCCUCCUGUUUCCAGACCCAGCUGCAGGAUAAGGGCCCAUGAACUGAGCAGGGAGCCUUGGAGGAGGCUGCUGCCAGAGCUAGACUUUGGGAUUGCAGCAGGAAGAGUUGGAAUCGGAGGCCCCUGGGGGCCCUGAAGUCCAUGCCCGGGGAUAGAAACGACCCUGGGAACCCAGCCAGGGCUGUCUUCCUUUGGGAUCAGGAAUUUCAAUCAUACUUCAGAGGGCCAAAUCAAUCCCUUAAGAAAAAUAAAAGAAAACAAACCCAGGAUUUGUUAAUCCAAGUUGCUGAGAGGGUGGAGCAGGUGGGAACCAUAGCCUUGACCCCCCAGGGGAUUUCAUGCCCUGGAUUGGUCCCAGUUGGAGCCAUUCACUAAUAUUGACCAGUAGAAAUGGAAAAUGGAAGGGUGUACUGACAAAGACAGUACUGGAAGCUCUGAGAAGGAAUCCAUCCCAAGGGGAUCGUCUGCUGGGGAUAAAUAGAGUCAUCGAACAUGUGUCAUG